GUUGAAGUCAUCCGUCAUGAAGUUCCAUGCCCCAAGGCAACUUGCAUUCAUUCACAAUGCUUUUCUUCACCCUCUUUCUUCUUUUCCUUUCUCUAAUAUUCAUCAUCAAAUGGUAUUCCAAUGCAGUAACCACCAAAAACUCACCCCCUUCACCUCCAAGGUUACCUCUACUGGGUAAUCUGCAUCAACUUGGUUUGUUCCCACACCGCACACUCCAAACUUUGGCUCAAAACUAUGGCCCUCUAAUGCUACUUCAUUUUGGUAAGGUACCAGUGCUUGUGGUCUCAUCUGCUGAUGCAGCGUGCGAGGUGAUGAAAACUCAUGACCUGAUCUUCUCAGACAGGCCACAACGUAAGAUGAACGACAUCCUCAUGUACGGUUCCAAAGACCUUGCAAGUUCCACGUACGGAGAAUACUGGAGGCAAAUGAGGAGUCUAACUGUGUCACAGCUUCUGAACACCAAAAGGGUUCAAUCCUUUCGCGGUUCGAGAGAGGAGGAAAUUGCUAGAAUGAUGGAAGACAUUAAACGGUGUUGUAGUGAUUCGUUGCAUGUGAAUUUGACUGAUAUGUUUGCUGCACUUACGAAUGAUGUGGCGUGUCGAGUGGUUUUUGGAAGAAGAUACGGUGGGGGAGAAGGGACUCAGUUUCAGAGUUUGUUGUUGGAGUUUGGGGAGUUGUUGGGUGCUGUGUCUAUAGGAGACUAUGUUCCUUGGCUUGAUUGGGUUAUGAACAAGGUUAGUGGUUUGUAUGAGAGAGCACAAAGAGUGGCUAAACAUUUGGACCAGUUUAUAGAUGAAGUGAUUGAGGAACAUGUUAGGAAUGGAAGAGAUGGCCAUGGUGAUGUUGAUAGUGAGGAGCAGAAUGAUUUUGUGGACGUUAUGCUUUCUAUAGAAAAAAGUAACACUACUGGCUCCCUCAUUGAUAGAUCUGCGAUGAAGGCUUUGAUACUGGACUUUUUUCUUGCUGCUACUGACACUACCACAGCCCUGGAGUGGACAAUGUCAGAGCUGUUAAAACACCCAAAUGUGAUGCAUAAAUUGCAAGAAGAGGUAAGAAGUGUGGUUGGUAAUAGGACUCACGUAACCGAGGAUGAUUUGGGCCAAAUGAACUUCUUGAGGGCUGUGAUCAAAGAAAGUCUUCGGCUUCAUCCCCCACUUCCCUUAAUAGUCCCUAGGAAAUGCAUGGAAGAUAUCAAAGUGAAGGAGUAUGACAUUGCAGCUGGCACUCAGGUAUUAGUGAAUGCAUGGGCAAUUGCAAGAAACCCUUCAUGUUGGGACCAACCUCUAGAGUUUAAACCAGAAAGGUUCCUCAGCAGUUCAAUAGACUUCAAAGGACAUGAUUUUGAGCUUAUACCAUUUGGUGCUGGAAGAAGGGGUUGCCCCGCUAUAACGUUUGCCACAAUUAUAGUUGAGGGGAUAUUAGCAAACCUUGUUCACCAAUUUGAUUGGUCAUUGCCUGGUGGUGCUGCAGGAGAGGACUUGGACAUGUCUGAAACUCCUGGCCUUGCUGCUAAUAGAAAAUAUCCUCUUUAUGCAGUAGCAACUGCAUAUGAGAGAAAUUAGUAUAUCAUGAUCAGAAAAAGAAGUUAUGAGCAAUAAGUUUGUGUUUCAUAAUAUUGUAGCUUACAUGACUCUUUUAUGUUGUGGAAGCAUUUGUGUUGUUGCUGGUUGCUGUCGUUUCCAAUUGUGGUUUAAUGGAUUGCACAAGCUUUGUUCCUGCUUAACGAAUGAUUAUGUGUUUGUUAAUCUAAUUUGGCAGGUUAUAGAUAUAAACUGGCAUGCAUUUCAAUUUAUCAUAUCA